AUGGUAUACCAUCUUCAGACCACCCGUCGCAUGAAAUUGGGUAUUGCAACAACCUUUGCACUUGGCGGUGUUGGGUUGAUCGCAUCUAUCCUUCGGUUUUACUUCUUUUUCAUCUCAAAUGCGCAGGUCGACGGAACAUGGAACGCUUCCUCCUUCAUUAUGUGGUAUGUCGUGGAGUGCGGCACCUAUCAAGUUGCGGCCUGUUUCCCUCUCUAUCGCCCACUUGUGAAGUUUAUUGGGCGUAAAAUGCACAUGGUAUCGAAAGGUGAUAGCCGCGAUUUUUCUGAUGAUACGAUUGGCUCAAAGGCAACCUGCUCACGUGGAACGGAUGAGCUGAAAUUUGGGGGAAGAUUCCAUGGAAUGAGAGGAAAUAAUUCGUCUCUGGAUGAGGAAGAUGAUCUCGGCCUUGUGUCCGUUGGCGAUCGGCGAUCUGAUUUGAGUCAAACAACUACCAUUCAAGUAGAUCGUAGCUUCUCUGUCCGCUAG